AGGUCACGCGAUAUUACAAUUCCUAGUCACAUGAAACAGUCAUCAUUGUGCACACCCUAUCUGCUUUUUUCCCCUCAUCGUAUAAAGCGGAAGAAAUUAAAUCAGCAUUCAAAAAAGUGACGUUUUGUAGUAGGAGGCAUGGACGAGGACGGACUUCCGAUUGUAGGCUCUGGAGUCGAUCUCCGGAAGGUUCCUGCCAUUCAGCAGAGAAGAAUUGUUGCUUUUCUCAACCAGUUCAUCGUCCACACAGUUCGCUUCCUCAACAACUUUUCCACAGUGUGUGAAGAGAAACUUGCCAAUGUAUCCCUGCGCAUCCAACAGAUUGAGACCACGCUGUGUAUCUUGGAAGCCAAGCUGUCCUCCAUCCCCGGACUGGAGGACGUCACUGUAGAUACAGUCAAACAAGGAGUCCAGACCAACGGCACCAGUGCUUCUGAUCCUGGUCUGACAGAAGGUCCACCUGCUGUGAUGCUUCCUCCUCCUGAGCCAUCUCACGCUGUCCCAGAUGACGUGACGACGCCUAAAAGCGAGGAGACAAACAUCAUGACAGUGGCCAAGGAUCCACGCUACGCUAGAUAUCUGAAGAUGGUUCAAGUGGGUGUUCCCGUUAUGGCCAUCCGGAAUAAAAUGAGCAUGGAAGGUUUGGAUCCAGACUUGCUUGACAAGCCCAACGCCCCCGUGCCGGAUGUGGGAAUGAAAAACAGCGAGGAGCUCGAUGCGAACGCUUCGGAUAGCGAGUCGUCCUUCAGCGACUGAGGUCGAGAUGAAUGCCACCUGGCCUGCGCUGGCCAUCUGAUGAAGUGAGCAACCUGGGAGAGGGCUAGCAGACGCUAAUGUGGAGAAUUAGCCAAUUGCACAAGCUCCAGAUAAAGCAUUUAGUAGUUAUUCCACUCAACUAAAUGUUGGACAGUCAAAAAUGUUCAAUGAGGACGUUGUAGUUCUCUGUGUUAGAAUGGCAUUUACUAACAUUUAACUUUUUAAGAUAUUUUCACCCUAAACGUGGCUAUUCUGUUAUUGCAUAAUGGUAAAAAUUGUCCAUAGGAGUGAAUUUGAGGAAAAUGGAUGGAAUUAUGAGAUAUUGCGACGUGGUGGACAAUAGCGGUACUUUCAGAGAAUGAUUUGUGUUUUAACUGUCAACCUGAGCAACAUUUGUUAACUAUUAGUGCCUAAAUAAAAUACAGUGAUGCUAUUUCAUAA